GUUCUGUGGGAUUAACACUCCUUCGGCGAGUAGCUCGAACAAAUAAUUCAUUUUUCUGACAGUGCGUGAACUAAAAUAUGGGGAGUUGUUCAAGGAUAGUUAUAAUUUCAUGUAGGCUAAGUGAUUUUGUAAUUAAUAUGGACCGUGUUUGCUAUUAAAAUGGUAACUUUUCGACGAAGCAUGGCGGUAGUCUUGCGUCACAUUUCGGCUUUUCCAUUCGCGGAGUGAUCUGUACAUUGUCCAAUCAGCGGUUCGGGCUGCGACAGGCACAAAGCACACAGAGGAAGUUCCACACGCUCAAGGUUCUGUGUGAUUAUUGUUGACAUUUUGCCAUAGAGAAUUGCCAUAAUACGCGCGUUUUUUGGCUAUACGCUCCAAGAGCAAAACACUGGAAUGUCCGUGCUAUUAGUGGACUCUUUAAUUAACCAAGGAUCAAAUCCAUUAGUUGCACAGGUGCUGUGCCGCUCGGUAUGAAAGAUGCUGCUCUCCCUGGGAAUGCUGAUGCUGUCUGCCACCCAGAUAUACACCAUCUUCACUGUGCAGCUCUUCGCAUUCCUCAACCUGCUGCCUGUGGAGGCCGACAUCUCCGCGUACUCCUUUGACAACAAAACGGAGACCUUUGAUGACCUGCCAGCGAGGUUUGGAUACAGGCUACCCAGCGAGGGACUGAAGGGCUUCCUGAUUGGUGCCAGACCGGAGAACGCCUGCGAGCCGAUCGACCCGCCGCCCCUCCGGGACAACGUGACCAACGCCUUCAUCGUGCUCAUAAAACGCUUCGACUGCAACUUCGACAUCAAGGUUCUGAACGCCCAGAAGGCUGGAUACAAGGCUGCAAUUGUUCACAAUGUGGACUCUGAUGACUUAAUCAGCAUGGGGUCCAACGACUUGGAUGUCUUGAAGCAGAUAGACAUUCCGUCGGUGUUUGUGGGUGAAGACACGGCCAGUUCCCUCAAGGAGGACUACACGUAUGACAAAGGUGGUCAUGUGAUGCUGAUGCCGGACUUCAGCCUGCCUCUGGAAUACUAUCUGAUCCCGUUCCUCAUCAUUGUGGGGAUCUGUCUCAUUCUCAUAGUCGUUUUUAUGAUCACCAAGUGCGUACAGGACAGACACAGGGCCAGAAGGAGUCGGCUUCGCAAAGACCAGCUGAAGAAGCUCCCCAUCCACAAGUACAAGAAAGGUGACUCCUAUGACGUGUGCGCCAUUUGUCUGGAUGAAUACGAAGACGGAGACAAACUGCGGGUCCUGCCUUGUUCUCAUGCAUACCACUGUAAGUGCGUGGACCCGUGGCUGACCAAGACCAAGAAGACGUGCCCCGUUUGCAAGCAGAGGGUGGUGCCCUCCCAGGGCGACUCCGACACGGACACGGACGACAGCAGCCACGAGGACAACGAGGACGACGCGUCCGAGAACACGCCCCUGCUCCGCUCGCUGGCCUCCACCAGCGCCCACUCCUUCGGCACCAUGUCGGGCUCGCUGUCCCAGCGCGGGCGGGACCCGGAGUCCUCCGAGUACGAGGACGAGGACGACGUGGAGACCGACAGCGAGAGCGAGGAGGCCUCCGUGGAGACGGUGGUGGUGCAGCUGCAGCAGACCUGCCCUGGGGACGGGGACCCCAACGCCUGAAGCCUCCCCCCCCUCCCCUCCGCCCCCCCACUCCUCCCCAGGUGUGGUGAAAUGGGUUUCCGGACUCUUCAUUUUGUUCCCCUGUUGCAACGCAUAUCACUGCACUUGUACAUAUCACAGCCUGAUGCAGCACAAGUUGUGUGUGACCAGUAACAGGCAUUCCAGUGUGUUUAAUUGUCUUUGAAGUGCCAAAGACACUGGUUCCAUGUGUGCAGCCUGACAGGUGACGGAAUACGGACGGUUUGUGCCAAGAGGGAUGUACUUUGCCAAGCUGGCAUCGGGCGUGGCACCCGGUGAGUGUGCCCUAUUCACUGUGAAGGGGGGAGGGGCGAGAGUUCAUGAGCUGAAAUCAUGCUUGUCAUACAUUUUUAAUGGAAUGCAACAUGUGUAUAUAUAAUGUACAAAAUCGCAAUAUAUCAGGUCCUCACAAAGUUGUACUUUGUCGCCAGCUGCAUCUGUACACACUGCGUCACAGACGAAGGCCAAGCUGUACAUGUCCUUGAGAGGUGUAUACUGUACAUACACUUGCAUAAGUUAAUCAGAGGCUGUGCAGCUUUCUGUAAACUUUACAAAGUGAUCUUACAUUUUAAAUGUGGACAAAUUAGAAAGCGGGAUUGGACAGUGUAGGAGACCUUGUUCACGUAUGGAAGAAUUGAAUCAACCUUGUCUUGGGGACACAUCCAGCUGAAAGGAAUUGACUUUUUGUGUUAUCGGUUGACUUGGCAGAAUGGUGAAGGAGUUCUAAUUUGUGUGGGUCAGUAGCUUGAAUUUUGGUUUACCCGUUAGGCACACAUCUUUAAUGCUUAAACUAAAUCACUUUCCGGAAAUUCACAAAUGCCUCACCAUGUGUAUUUAGUUUGUGUAUGAUUACAUUUUAAUAAUGUACUUUCAGUGAAUUGUUUUUAACAUGACUUGAACUGUUAAUAUUGGCCAAGUCUUGUUGCCUUCCUUUGAAGUCAUUUCAUCUAUCUUGUAUUUUUAUGCACACCUGUCUACAUUCAAAUUAAAUUUCAUUUUCAAUUCCA